AUGGCACAACAAGAGGUACCCAGUGUAAACAGAGCUACUCCGACUGGACGUCACCAACAGAGAACCAACAAUGGACAGCACCGGGUGGACAGACACUCGAAUGUGCACAAGUCAAACAAUCCUUGGAACAGACGGCAAAUACAGGGACACAGUCGUGAUGGGAAGAAACAUCCAAAUGGUAGCACGCAGAAAUCUGAACAAUCUGAAUGUGGAAGGUAUGCUAAGAAUCAUGAGGUUGAAGCUCUGCCAGAUGCAGGUAAUUCUGAUUCCAAUGAUGAAUAUUUCAUUGAUUCUAUCAAAACCCCCUAUGAUGCUAACCAAGCAUUCUACACCCUUUGUGUAGGACCAAAAAAUAUCCCUGUAAGGUUUAAGCUUGACACUGGCUCUCAAGCCAACACAUUGCCCAACUCCUUAUUUGAGACCCUAGGGUGCCAGGGUAGACUCAAACCUUCAAGUGAAAAGUUAUCUUCCUACAGUGGUCAUGCAUUAGAUACAUUAGGUAUCUGUCAGCUACAAUGUAGCCAUAAAGGUGCCAAAUAUUUUAGCAAAUUAGAUGCUAAAAGUGGGUAUUGGAACAUAAAAUUAGAUGAGGAAUCAUCCCUUCACACAACAUUUAAUACGCCCUUUGGUAGGUACAGGAACCUCCGUCUGCCAUUUGGGCCGAAAUCAUCACAAGAUGAAUUCCAACAAAAAAUGGACGAGUGCUAUGAAGGCCUUGAGGGCACAGUCGCCCUAGUCGAUGAUGUACUCGUGUACGGGAAAACGCGUUCGGAGCAUGACAAAAAUCUACACGAAGCGUUCGUACGGUCGCGAGAACGAGGCAUCAAACUAAAUAGAGACAAGUUAGAGGUUGGUCUCACUCGCGUUAAGUAUUUUGGCCAUACUCUUACCGCAGAAGGGCUCGAACCCGAUGAAGACAAAAUACGAGCAGUACAGCUCAUGAAACCUCCCACCACUAAGGGAGAGUUAGAGACCUUUCUAGGGAUGGUCACAUAUUUGUCCCAAUUUGCACCAAACUUGUCCGAAGUGACAAGCCCAAUACGUAUACUCCUCACACAGAAUGUCGAGUUUCACUGGGACAAACCCCAAGCAGACGCUUUUCAUAGUGGCAAAGACAUAAUUACUGCAAGUCCAGUUUUGGCGUAUUUUGACUCCAACAAAGAAGUGACACUUCAAACUGAUGCAACCAAAUUUGGCCUAGGUGCAACAGUAAUGCAAGAGGGUAAACCUAUCGCCUUUGCAUCAAAGUCGCUAACCCCCAGUGAAAUAAACUACGCCCAGAUCGAAAAGGAGAUGUAUGCGAUUGUUUUCGGGUGUACCAAAUUCCACCAAUAUCUGUAUGGUCGGAAGGUCAGAGUUGAAACUGACCACAAGCCCCUGAUACCUAUCAGUCAGAAGUCACUUUACGCUGCUCCCCCACGUUUGCAGCGGCAUAUGGGCAUAGAAAAAUGCCUUAAGAGAGCACGAUGUUCCGUAUUCUGGCCCAAGCUAAAUGCUGACAUAGCUGAACUUGUUUCUCAGUGCCCAGUGUGUGUAAAGCACAGCUACUGUAAUGCUAAGGAACCCCUUAAGCCACACCCCAUUCCAGUAUACCCUUGGCAAGUAGUUGCCACAGACUUGUUUGAAUGUGAUAACAAGGACUACAUUGUUGUAGUAGACUACUAUAGCUGCUAUUUUGAGGUUGCUCAUUUACACAGCACUACUUCGAGAGCUGUAAUCAAUGAGUUAAAACCCAUAUUCUCCAGAUUUGGCAUACCUGAAAAAGUUGUCUCUGACAAUGGGCCACACUAUUCAUCACAAGAAUUUGUAGAAUUCUCCAGACAGUAUGACUUUGUGCAUGUCACAUCCAGUCCCCGUUAUCCUCAAUCAAAUGGCCUAGCUGAAAAAUAUGCCCAGAUUGCCAAAAGAAUACUCAAAAAGGCUAAAUAUGACAGCCGUGACCCCUACCUAGGUAUGUUAGAAUACCGCACCACCCCUUUAUAA